ACAGUAAACGGUAAACGGAGUGAUAGUAGGAAAAGAAGAAGAAGACUACUUGCGAAACGGAAUAAAACGGUACGCGAAACGGGUCGGUGUUUGAGGCGUUUGAGUACGAAUCGGGACGGUACGAGACGCCGCCGUUUUUUGGAAUGCGCUAAAAAACACUCUAAAUUUGCGCAGCAGCAGAGGCCGUCGCUUGUGACGUCAAAAGGAGUCGCGUCGCCCCCCCGUAUUGUGACAGAGAGAGAGAGAGAGAGAGAGUAUUAGCGUUAACAGUUAUUCCUUUUGGACCUCCCUCUCUCUGUGUGUGCCGCCACCGCCGCGAAAAUGGAACAGCCGAGCAUACUCGUAAAAAUCCUUCACUCGGUGCCGCACGUGAACUACACGUUUCGGCGGGUGAACGACACCUUCAAUCCGGACAGCGAUAUAUAUCUCGAGAGUUUGGGCAUCCUUGCCUCGAUACCCGCCGGCCUGCUCAUCGUCUCAUUGGUGGGACUGCUGCUGUAUUUACUCACCCGCUGCUGUGAUCGACGCCAGCGGAAGCCGAGCGCCCAGCGAUGCCAGAGCUGCACUUUGGUGAUCAUCACCCUGAUGACAUGUGCGGCGAUUGGAUUAGGAUUAUAUGGCAACGAUGACUUCCACAAUGGACUGCUGCAGGCAUUUAGCUCUGGGAAGAAUGUUGAGGGUCUCGUUCUCACCCUGAAACGACAGACUGAAAGCAUCAAGCAUGACCUGGAGUCAAAGAUGGCCGGCCACAAGGUGGAGCAAAUGGUGGAGAAGCCGCAAUACAAUCAGACGGUGGUGAUGCUGCUCAUUGAGACGUCGCGCCUGGUGCGAGAGAACACGUCGCGAGCGGUGGCCUCCCUGGACAGCAUGGUACACUACUUCAUGAAGGCCAAGGGCGGCGAGAAUGACACCUCGUUGAUGGGGCUGCUGCACAUGGGGGAACUCUACGAGUCGAUACGAUGGCCCGCCACCUUGGCCUUUCUCACCGUCCUGCUGCUGCUGUGCACGGUUCUGGUGAUUGGAGUUGCACGCAGGUCGCGUUGCACCCUGAUCUUCUUCAGUGUUUCGGGCUUGUUCUGCAUCAUCAUCUGUUGGCUGCUGGCGGGCAUCUACCUAGCCUCCAGUGUGGCUGCUGGCGACUUUUGUAUGCGACCCCAUGACUAUAUGUGCCGGCAGGUUGGAAUGAGGAGUCCGUAUGUGGAUUUCUUGAAUUGUGGAACGCCCAGGAAUCGUUUCAUUUUGCGCCUGAACGAAAGCAGGGAUCUGGUGGAUCGGGCCAGAGAGAGUGUGGAAACCAUGCAGCGAAUGAGCCAAGAGACCUAUCCGCGCAUCGAUGUCCAGCGCACUUUGACGGCCAUGGACAAUGAUCUGGAGGAGACGCGUCGCAAUCUGACGACUCUUUCCGCUACACUGGACCGCAGGGCCAUCGAUCGUCAUUAUGCGGAGGCGCUGCGAGGGCUCUGCGGAGGCGGAUUGCUGGGCCUUAGUCUCAUGAUGGUGGCAGGCCUGCUCACCUCCUUCCUGCUGACGAUUCUCGUGUAUGCGGAUUCGCAUGCCUGGAUAUACUUGAGCAAGCGACCCACGCUGGAUGCAGACAAAUCGGAGACGGCUCCCUUGUUCCCUGCCUCGAAUGCGCCCAGUGCCAGCAUCUCGCCAACGGCACCUCUGGGCACCGGAACGAUCAAUCGCACACUGCUGCAUCAUCAGCAGACGCAGGGAGGCAGUGCAGGCGUCGGCGGCGGUGUGGCAAGCGGCGGAACACUACCAGGAUCAGGAGGCGGAGGCGGAAUGAACGGGAACAAUGGCGUUGGACCGUACAGGAACGGAACGGCGGGACUGAGACAAGGGUUGGCAUCACCAUCAUCUCAAUCUCAAUCAAGCCACAGCUCAUCCACGGCCAUUUAUGGCCACCACCACCACAACAACAGCAAUCAGAACCACUACAACAACAACCUCCACAACAAUCACUACAGCAACCACUACAGCAACAACUAUAACAACACCACCACACAACAGCAACAACAACAACAACAACUGCAACUGCAACAACAGCAUAAUAGAACUAACCAGACGACAGCGGCGGCGAUGGCCACGAUGGUAGCUCCAAUGACAGGAGGGGGUCGUGGAUCGCCGUCGCCGCCGCCCGGCUAUGAUAUGGUGCAUGGCACAAGGUCCGGCCAUCACACAUUGGGACGCCUGCCGUCGCAUCAUCAGCAGAGCGCCUCGUAUAUGCAGGGGCCGAACAAUGGAAAGUACGCGACGCUCAGCAAGCAGUGUAAGACGCUCGAAUCGAACGACUUUUACUGAGAUUCGCUUGCCUGCAGCACCUAUGCAGGCAAUAGCAACAACACAGCCCAGCAGCAACAGCAGCAGCUCCAACUGCAGCUCCAGCAGCUUCAGCAGGCGCCGUCGCAGCCUCCACUCCAGCAGCAGCAGCAUCCCCAUCAGCAGCAGAGCAGCAACAUCAUCAAUCAGCAGCACCAGCACCAACAUCAGCAUCAGAACAGCAGCAGCACCUUGAAGAACAUAUUCGCUUCGGCGACCCUGCCCCGCUCCACGGGCAGCUCCAUCCGCUCCGUGCUCUCCGCACAGACGGCCAACGCCAUGUGCAGGUCCACAGGCAAUGGCCUGGAUGUCGGCAGCGAGGGGGGGCUGGUCGACGACCGGGAUCCCCGCGAUGUCACAAACAACAGCUUCAAUCGCUUCGAUCCCAAGUACAUAAGCAUCGGUCCCAAGGCGGUGCGUGGCAACAAUAAUCUGAAUAUUGUGGCUGCGGCGACGGCCAACAAAUGUGCCACAUUGCGGCACGUGGGUCGCUAUGGGGGCUCGCUCAAGGGUGUCUCCUCAUCGAUGGCCAUGGGCGCCUCACCGUCGCCGAAUUUGCGCAGCGCCAAGACGCCAUCGAUAGCCACCGUUUCGAAGGACUAUUGCCAGCAGCCGGACUGCAUACCGCAGGUCUGUGGCUCCACGGAGUUCCUUGUCCAACAGCAGCAGCAGCAGCAACAACAGCAACAACAGCAGCAACAACAACAACAGCAACAGUUGCAGCAACAGCAGCAGCUGCAAAUGCAGAUCCAGCUGCAAAUACAGCAAAAGCAACAGCAGCAGCAACAGCAGCAGCAGCAACAACAGCAACAGAUGGUGCCACCACCAGCACCGCCUCCGCAACAGCAACAGCAACAGCCACAGCCACAGCCGCCGCCACAGAUGCAGAUCCAACCCGCACCACCGCCGCCGCCACCAAAGCCAAAGAAUACCUUCACAGAGAUACCCGGCACCACGGGCGUUGGGAGCUCCUAUGCCAAGGAGCAGCAACAGCAACAGCAGCUCCUGGCCCUCCAGCAGCAGCAACAGCAGCAGCUUUUGGCACUCCAGCAGCAGCAACAGCAACAGCAGCAGCUGAUUCAUCCACCGACGACCCACAUACUGCCGCCCUCGGCCGUCUACAGCAUCGAGAGCAGCGAAGUGCCGACGGCAGCGCCUCGGGUGGUACAGCGUAGCCUCAAUCCGGCCUCGAUUGUGAACCAGCCGCUGCCGGAGAUACCAACGCAGUCGCCCACCCAGUCGAAGAUAUCCGCCCAGCCGCUGUGCGCCGCCAGUCUGGGCCAGUACCGCUCGUUGCAGCGGCCCCAGAACCACAAGAUAUCGGCCGCUGCCUCCCAGCCACAACAGCAACAGCAGCAGCCGCCUUCCCUGCCGCCGAAGAACAGGCACAAGACGUCAAGGGCCGGAGGCGGUGGAGACUCCAGCAAUGCCAACCACAUGCAGACCCUGCCACCAAAGUCCGCCAGCCUACGGCAGCAGCAGCAACAGACAGAGCGUGAGCGUGAGCGGGAGAAAGAGCGUGAGCGUGACAGAGAGCGGCCGCGUCGUGCAGAGACGCUGGACAAUGCCCGCAGCUAUGUGGAGCAGCAGCAAUACGGAGGCCAGGUGCUCGUCGGAAUGAAGAAGCAGCAUUCGUACGACAGCAGCAGUACGUACCAUCACCACCAGCAGCAGCAGCAGCUUCAACAGCAGGCUCAGCAGCAGGCGGCCUUCUACCAGCGCCAGCACAACAACAACUAUCAGGGAGGAGGGGGACCUGGUGGAGGAAGCUCCUCUAAACAGCAGCAACAGCAGCAGCAGCAGCUGCUCAUCGAACAGCAGCAGGCGCUCUUCUAUCGCUCUCUGAAACGCGGCGAACGAGGAGUAGGUGGAGGAGGGGCAGGAGCCGGCGGCGGCACUGGUCCGGCCACCCAUGGGACACACUCCAGCCAUGCACACGCGCACGCCCAUGCCGCGCAUGCCGCCCAUGCCAGCAGCGACCUCUACUCCGUGACGGAGUUGUAGGAGUGCGCCUGCUGCGGCGGCGGCGUUGAUGUUGUGCGACGGGGCACAUCAUCAACGUCGCUGCACGCAGCGGCGGCGGUAGCCAGCACUCAGACCCAGACGCAGCAGUCGGCGCAGGCGCCCAUUCCCCUGCCCCCCAAGAAGCACCGCUCGAGCCAUGCCCAACAGCAGCAGCAGCCACCCUCCCAAACCGCCUGUAAUGCAAACCUAUGCGAGGAGCACGAGUACGACGAGUACUUCCCGCAGCCAUAUGAACAACAGGCGCCUCCAGGCCCCGUCCCUGCAGCAGCCACCACCUCCUCCUCGUCAAAGCACUCGAAGCAGCAGCAGAGGGCGGCCACCUUCGACGUGGCCGAUGCCCGGGACUACGAGCUGAAGCGUCUGGGCAACCGGCGCUCCCAGCAGCAGGCGGCGCCCAGCAAGCGCAACGGUGGAGCAGGCCUUGCCGCUGCAGCAGUGGCAGCGGCGGCGGCUGCAGCGGAGCACCAUCACAGCCAUCGCAGCCAUGACAGGGAGCGAUCGCGCAGCGAUCAUCGUAUAGCCAGCUAUGCCUGCGAGGAGGCGGCGGCAGCAGCGGCGGUGGCCAUGUGUGGCGCUGGCUCCAUGAGUGUGCUCCCCGCCAAUGGUUCCCAGCACCAGCACCAACAGCAGCAGCCAACAUCCCAUCGUGGCCACCACCACCAGCAGCAGCAGCAACAACAACAGCAGCAGCAACAGCAGCAGCGGCGGGAGAAAACCUUUAAAGUAUGAUUUUUAGAGACGUCAUAAAAAUUGUCCACUCCGCGCCCGCCAGACGGUGGCAGGGGCGGCUCCAGGCGACGAACGCGUUGAGGCGGAGGGCGGUCCAGGAAGCGUUGCGGAUUCUUUCGAUUAGAGAGCCCCCAAGGAGGAACGCCUGAAAUCAGUGGAAAAACGAUUCCGAUUCUGCUGCUCCCAAUAGCCAUUCCAAAGCAAAAAUUUGUUUAACUUAAGUCUGUCUCUGUCUAACACCCCCUGUCAUUCCCACUACGACUCUAUCUCUGUCUCUCUCUUUCUCUCUCUCUCUCUCUGUGUGUGUCUCUGAACACCUGAGAGACAGAUGCAUGCAUCCAUGUAGGAACACCUGAGAGACAUACAGUGGCGUCCACAAAAUACAGACCUAUGCAUACAGACUCAUCCCAUUGAUGCAACACUGUAGCUGUAACUGUAACUGUAAAACACAAACACAUACACACCCAAGACACAAAAAACACACAUACAUACAUCAGUUCUCUGCUCUGUGUUGUUGCCUAUUGUUAUUAUUAUUAUUAACCGUACUGUACUAUAAUUAACCGACUAUGUAAUGUCCCCUAAUUUUUUUAUAACACCCCUCCCCCCUAUUAUGUACGAUAUACGUAGUAUGUAUGCCUAUGUUUAGCGCGAGUCCUUAGUGUGUAAGAGCCAAAUUAUUUAUUUACGAGGAUAUUGUAGUGACCCUUGACCCCUGACAUACCCUCUAGAAGAAGAGCUGUGGAGGAGAGGUGGGGAAGAGGCUUGACAUUUAGGAACUGUCUCUGGUAUUUUGAGACUUUGCAGCAGAGGUAGGCAGCGUCCUAUGUACAAAUAUCGUGUGGCCUCGGGCUAUCCAUUGCUCGGCUUCAUUUUUCUGAUUUGUUCUGCGCAAAUUUAAAUCUGUACAAAAAAAAGUGCUCAACAGACUGAGAAGAUGUUUAUUUCUUUUUUCUUUUUUUUUUAAUAAGGAAGGUGCAAUGCUAGAUUGUUUUUUUUUUAUUGAGAGGCAUCAUGAAAAUUCUGCGUGUGACCUCUGCUGUAUAAUCUGAUGAACUAAUUUUUCAAAUGUAAUUUUAAACUAAAUUAUAUGGAAGAGCCCCAGUGUUCUUUCCAACAACCACAGCCGAGGCUCGGCCCAUUGGGAAGCCCUCAAAGAAAAUAAGAAGAACUCCAAUGAUCGAGCCUCUCAGCUCCUCCUCCCCCCCUCUCAGCUCGUUCCCUUCCGACUAUUCCUUCCCAACCGACGACAGAACUUUUAAUUUUUGGUUUGUUUUGUGGAUUAUCACUUAUAUUAUUUGAGAAUCCGUUGCGAGAACCACCACCACCAACAACAACAACACCAACAGCGACACGUACGUAGAAAUUUUUGUGACGUCAGAAAUCUAAAGCAAAAAAAAAAAAAACAAAAGGAAACCAAA